AUGGAUAUCUCACAACCCCAGCAAUGGCAGCUCCUCCUCCUAGCCGGCAUCCUCCUCCCCAUCGUCUCGUACCUGCUGGUGACGAAGCGCAGCUCCGAGGAUGGGCGGCUGAAGCUGCCGCCCGGCCCGAAGCAGGUGCCGGUGCUCGGCAACCUUCACCAACUGGGCCCUCUGCCGCACCGCAGCCUGCGUGACUUGGCCCGGCGGCACGGCCCCGUCAUGCUGCACCGCCUCGGCGCAGCGACGACAGUGGUUGUCUCUUCCUCCGCGGCGGCGCGAGACGUGAUGAGGGCCCACGACGCCGACUGCUGA